GCUGCCCUCUGGGAGUUGUAGUUCUGUGCCCUCUAGCGCAGUCCCAGCUGUUGUGGGAUGAGGCCUAGGUCCUACCAUCUAGCGGGAAACAUGGCAGAGAGACAGCCUGGCUGGUCCCUAAGGCCUCACCCAGAUUCCGAGCCUCGCUGCUGUUUGGAGGGCCCAGCCUGGGUCCGCAUGAACGCGCGAGUGGCCGGAGCUGUGCGCGAAGGCCUCUGGGAGAUGUAGUCCCGCGCACGCACGCGCAAUCCUAUCGCGUGGCGGGGCGGCCUGUGUUUCGCGGUUAGGCUGGUUUACCCUGCCUAGUCUGAAAAUCUAAAGUCAAAGUUUUAAAUCUUGGAGCAUGUUGGAUUUUCUGAUCAAGAUGCGCAGCCUGUAAAGUCUACACAAGUAAAAUUAGAAACACUGCUGGUCCCAAGCAUUUUAGACAAGACACCCAACUCUCAGCCCCAAAACAAGCUAUCUCAAGAACUGUUCCACGGUGCUGUUCUGGUGGAAAGAUUCUGUGGGGUGUCUUGUGGCCCAGGGGCAAGGACGCAGAGGGUACCUGGAGGUGGCAGCAUGGAUGCCUUGUGAGCCCCAGCAUGCAGACAGCCCCUGUGCCAGUAAAGACACCCACACACCCGGGAGGAGCAGGGGAAUGUGGGGGACACGUGUAAAAAAGGAGAAGGUAGACACCAAGGUGAGUGCUCAACAGAACACCUGCACAAAGGAGAAAUUCUGUAAAUGCCAGGAGUGUGGAAAGGCCUUCAGCCACAGCUCAGCACUCGUCGAACACCACCAAAUGCACACAGGAGAGAGACCUUCUGAGUGUCCCGUGUGUGGAAAAGGCUUCCGAAACAGCUCAGCACUUUCCAAACACCGGAGGAUCCACACUGGGGAGAAGCCCUACAGGUGUGCUCAUUGUGGAAGGACCUUCAACCAGACUGCCCCGCUCAUCCAGCACCAGAGGACACACACAGGCGAGAAGCCUUACGCGUGCGGCGAGUGCGGCAAGGCCUUCAGCUUCAGGUCUUCCUUCAGCCAGCAUGAGCGCACGCACACGGGCGAGAAGCCUUACACGUGCCGGGACUGCGGCAAGGCCUUCCGGCAGAGCACCCACCUCACCCAGCACCUGCGUACACACACCGGGGAGCGGCCCUACCACUGCGGGGACUGCGGCAGGGCCUUCGGCCACAGCUCGUCCCUCACUAAGCACCAGCGCAUUCAUUCAGGCGAGAAGCCCUAUGCGUGCCGCGAGUGCGGCAGGGCCUUCACCCAGAUCACACCGCUCAUCCAGCACCAGAGGACACACACCGGGGAGAAGCCCUACGAGUGCGGGGAGUGCGGCAGGGCCUUCGGCCAGAGCACACUCCUGACUGAGCACCGGCGGAUCCACACCAAGGAGAAGCCCUAUGGGUGCCACGAGUGUGGAAAGACCUUCAGCCACAGCUCCUCACUGAGCCAGCAUGAGCGCACGCACACGGGCGAGAAACCCUACGAGUGCACGGACUGCGGCAAGGCCUUCCGGCAGAGCACCCACCUCACACAGCACCAGAGGACACACACCGGGGAGAAGCCCUACGAGUGCGGUGAGUGCGGCAGGGCCUUCGGCCACCGCUCGUCCCUCACCAAGCACCAGAGGACUCACACUGGGUAGGCCCACUCACGUGCGCCAAAGACACGGGGACCUUGUAAGCCAUAGUUCAUUGUAGUAGCCUUCUCUCUCACACACAUCACACUUGUCAGGCUGUCAGACACGCUCGGCAUCCACGUUGACAGAAAGGGUCUAAACAGCAGACAAAUGUGAAGAUAACACUAAGGAACUUGCCAUUAAUGUUACAUUAGCGAACCUGGAAAUGGGAACCAACAGAUGCAGUGAGUCUGGUGGCUUCUGUCCAGUCUUCACCAUAUUGUAAAGAGUUCAAAGUGGGAAGAAUAUACCAUACGCUUUUCACAUUAAAAAAUGUCAGAAUUUGCUUGUAGUGCACACUCUUCUCCAGGGUGGGAGGUGUUUAUAAAUGGCUCAAGUUGACUGACAUUCCUAAAAAGCAAUUUGGCAGUGUGUUCCACAAAUGAGUGGCAUCUACAUAAACACCAUGGAUACAUGACUGUCUCAGCACAAAGCUGUUUGUGUGCGAUCUGUCCCAUCAGGAUAUGUGGCCACCAGUCCCAGAGAUCUGAACUUCAUGUGACACCAUACCAGCAUGCUAUAUAUAGAAUGUAAAUGUGUUAUCUCCUAAUCAUUUUGCAGUAAGUUAAUUUCUUUGUUUGUUUGUUUGUUUUUGAGACAGGGCCUCACUAUGUAGUUGAGA